GCCUUGGCCUGGGAAGAGGAGCGUGCCAGGGAAGAUGUCCACAUCCUGAGCCAGAGGAGGAUCUGCAGGCUGUGAGUGGGGCCUCCUGACCCUGCCCUUUCUCAUCCUCUUCCAGAAUGAUCAUGCCAAGCUCCUUGAUCGUCGUGUUCUACAUCAUCAUCUUCGUCACUGGUCUCCCUGCCAACCUGGUGGCCCUGUGGGCCUUCCUGAAGCGGGUCCGCCAGCCGCACCCUGCACCCAUCCACAUCCUCCUGCUCAACCUGACGCUGGCGGACCUCCUGCUGCUGCUGCUGCUGCCCUUCAAGAUCAUCGAGGCCGCGUCUGACUUCCACUGGUAUCUGCCGGAGGUGGUCUGUGCCACCGUGGGAUUCGGCUUCUACAGCAGCAUCUACUGCACCACGUGGCUCCUGGCGGCCAUCAGCAUCGAGCGCUACCUGGGAGUGGCCUUCCCCGUGCAGUACAAGCUGUCCCGCCGGCCUGUGUAUGGAGUGGUUGCUGCUCUGGUCGCCUGGAUCACGUCCUUUGGUCACUGCACCAUCGUGAUCAUCGUUCAGUACUUUAACUCAACCCAGAAGGCCACAAAUAUAGAAGUUACGUGCUAUCGGAACUUCACCCAGGAGCAGCUGGAGGUGGUGCUCCCCGUGCGGCUGGAGCUGUGCCUCGUGCUCUUCUUCAUCCCCAUGGUGAUCACCAUCUUCUGCUACUGGCGCUUUGUAUGGAUCAUGCUCACCCAGCCCCAUGUGGGGGCCCAGAGGCGGCGCCGAGCUGUGGGGCUGGCUAUCGUGACGCUCCUUAAUUUCCUGGUGUGCUUUGGGCCUUAUAACAUAUCCCACCUGGUGGGGUUUUACACGAAGGAAAGCCCCAAGUGGCGGGUGGAAGCUGUGGUAAUCAGUGCCCUCAACGCCAGUCUGGACCCACUGCUUUUCUAUUUCUCUUCUUCCACUGCGCGCAGAGCCUUUGAGAAAAGGCUGCAGGUGCUGCGGGGCCCGGGCUCCUCCCUGCUGGGACUCAGAGACAGAGGCUCCGUGGAGGUGACCAACAGGGUCGGGGGUUUGAGUCAAGUAGAGGGAGCACCCAGUUCUGACUUCACCACAGACUAGGGAUGGGACCUUUGGACCUUCUGGGCUACGGGUGAGCUGAGCAGGCUGGGAGAGGAGAGCAUG